AUGGAUUUCCGAACUAUCCGGCAAUUAGUUGCCGUUGCAGAAGAACUGUAUGCUUGCGGUCAUUCGCUCCAUGCCUUCGCCACGCUGAACGCGCUGCUGGAACGCGGGACGACCAUUCCCAGAUGGUAUUGGGGAGAGGAAAUAUACAUUAGGGUGAGAGCCGCAGAAAUGCUGUUGGAGUCAGAUCAGUUGAGUGGUGCUUCCGAGGCUGCGCGCCUCGACUUAGUUCAUUCGGUGCUUGCGCCAGUGUUUUCUCGUCGCUUCUUUGAGAGAGUCACCAUGGAACCAAUUGUAUGGGAAAAAAACAACGAUGCAAGUAAUGGAAGUAUUCAUUGUAACGGCACGAGUGCUGGUAUUACCGCCAGCCGCGUUACCAGAGGGAGAAAAGGCGGGGGCCCACGAAGGGGAAAAGGGCAACACAAAGAAUGUAGGGACAAGGAGGAAAAUGAGGAAAGGGAAGCUGACAAUGGCAAUGUCGUCCCUAUCGCUCUUGUUUGCAGGGCGUACGCCCUCAACGCAGCAGUGCAUCGGCGUUGGUUGCGUUACGCGCAGGCAAUUAAGCUACUGGAAACGGCGCAACACUGGUGUUCCAUUGUUUUCGCGGCGCUUCCCAGGGCCCCGCAAAGGCUAGAAGGGACUGAUAAUGUGGAGAAGCAGGAGUACGAAGAGCGUCACUGUUGCGAGGCGUACCUUGCUGCAGAGCUAUGCCGCGUGUACUACGCACAACUUAUGACCACACUAGGAACAGCAGCGGAUGGCCACCUAAGUAACGCGGUGGCUCUUCACCAAACCCGCCGGCAGGCCCUGGAUGGACUGCUCCGAACCGCAAAGGAGUACCCGAAGUUUGUGAACUCGCACUCCGUCAGCUCGAUCAAAACGGAGAAACGCUGCUCAGCUCAGUGCCUCUCUUCAGCAGAAAACCCCUUCUCUACCAGGGCAGCAGCGCGUCUCCUCGGUCAUUAUUGUUGCUGUGCACUUGCUUUUGACUAUCGGCUUACUGAUGUUGUUAGGCAGCUCGAGCAAUGCGAGUCUCUUUUUGGGCACUCGCGCGAGUUGAGCUAUAUGCGACAGCUCCUAACGGCGGCGCACCACGGCCCACAAGCAGUGACAGCCAUAAGAAACGAACCUUGUCUCAAGCGUUCGCGGGAUGAGUUAGAAAAUGGUGUCGAUGUUAGGGUCGGGUGGGUCUCUGACGGUGUGUUGAACGCCCUGGAGACGUAUAUUACGCUGUACUUGGCGGUGGGAACUGGGGAAAAUGUGGAGCACAACAAAGCCAGCGCCGAAGGUGAAUGCAACGUGGACGUGAAGCGGGUCUUUCACACCACGAUGGAACGUAUCGAUGAGCAAAUGACUCUCUUGACCACUGCGGCGUCUUGCGGCUCGAAGGAGAAGCUAUUGUCUCCAACUUUACUUUGUAGUUCCCCCUCGUCGAACAUUCGUUUUCUUGUCAUAUUAAAGUGUGCGACUCGUUUAACGCUGAUAUGCCACAGCCUUUCUCAGCUCUAUGUUGGGGAAGCGAUCCUUCACCUCUCGCAGCUCAGGCGCUACAUGGAAGUCUUCACCAAAGACACACAACGGUUGUCAGCAUAUUACCACUUGUUGGCAGCCCAAACGGCGGCUAUGCUUUCACUACGCCAUAUCCCAGGAACCUUGAUGACACCGAAUGAUAGGUCCCGAGUUGCUGGUGGUAGCGACAACGCCGAGCAGGCUGGUACCUAUUCAAAUCACGGAAGCUUCACAGUUGAAAAAAAUGAUAUGGAAGACACUGCAGGGUUUGAUGUGGGUUUACCAUAUGCUCAUAUUAGGGCAGCGGAGGCUGUCGCGGCCCACAGCGUUCAGCCCUGCAACCCAUCUUUCAAACUGCUCGUGUCCCUCAUGAAAGGAGCCUUACUACAACACGCGUCACAUGUUGGAGCCACGCUGCAAUUAGUCAACGGUGGCUUUACGGUUUCACCACUCCCUAUCAACCAGCGCCGUCGGUGCGCAGCUGCUUUCGAGGACAUUAUAGAUGCACUGAGGCUAAGUGAGGCAAAAACGAAUGUAAAAGAAGAGGAGAUGGGAAGAGGGGCGCUGGCUAAGGCAGAGUUUGAGGAGGCGUUGCAAUGCGCGUGGAAUGUUGACAAUCGGCUCUUGUUGUUACUGAUGCGCGGGCUCCUAACUUUAACCGAAGGGAAGGAUGGACACACAGCCAACCUGUUCUUUACCGAAGCAACAAGGCAGGCGCUGAGCUGCUUUGGUACAAAGAGUAGUAUCACUGCGGAGUGCCUACAUAGGCUUUCAGUGGCUCGCCGGGAUUGUGAGCAGGUGCAGCUUCUGCCACCGGAUCCCUCAUCCGUGUCGCCUGUCUUGUUUGGUAGCUUGCAAGAGCUGCUCGACCACACGGACAUCGUUGUGGGGAGUGCUCAGCGUACCUUCAGCAUCGCUGCACAGCUGGCCUCUUACGGUAACCGUGCGGUGAUGCUGCAUUGCGUUUCGAGUGCGGGGAUCCCCACCGAACAGGAAAUGUGGAGCCAAAUUGUUAGUGAGUGGGACAGUGAAGUACAUCACGUUUGCACGACAUUUAGAGGUGACUUGAUACAUGCACUAUCGCUUUAA